AAAAAGAGAACAGUGAGUUGAAAGGUAGGAUUGUAGAUCUCUAUCAAAAUAGUAGCCUAAUUUGUUUUGGUUGGUUAUUUUUCACAGACCGACUGGCGACCGCACCGAAAGCGCAAAUUUGGCGGACAGGGAAGAAAAAGAAAAAGGUUGAUGUGCUCCCUUCACCUUCUUCUUCUUCUUCUUCUUCUUCCUCCUCGUCCGCAGUCAGCCAGUCCCCCUGACCCUGAGCGGAGCCGGAGCGCCACCUUCCUCCUCCUUUCUUCUAGAAAGAACGAACUAGAACCCUCCAUCCAGAGCCUUCAAGCCCAGACCUUCCCACCCUUGAAGCUCUCUCCAGUCUCCGCUGCCGCCGCCGCGCCGGCCCCGGCCUUGGCGACAUGAAGCACCAGCCGCCGCCGCCGCCGCGCCGCUGGGGCGUCGUGGCGGCGGUCGUCGCGCUCGUCCUCCUCGCCUGCCUCCAGAUCCAGUACCAGCACCUCAAGGUGGAUCUCGGCAAGGCCGGCUUUGCCUCUGCCACGCAAGAGAAUAACGCGAUCCCCAGUCGCAAUCGCAUUCGCUGGGGGACCGCCAGGACCAGGAAGGCAGCCACCGGCGCUGACUCCUUGCCGCGCGGGAUUGUCCAGCGCCACUCCGACAUGUCCCUCCGCCCGCUCUGGGAGGACGACGCUGCUUCCACCCACAAGAAUAAAAAUGGUGACCACAGUGCUCUCCUCGCCAUGGCAGUCGGCAUCUCCCAAAUAAAAAACGUUGACACUAUGGCUCGUAAGUUUCUGAAGGAAAACUAUGCAGUCAUGCUCUUCCAUUAUGAUGGAAAUGUAGAUGGAUGGCGUCAUCUUGAGUGGAGUGAUAAGGCCAUACACAUCCUUGCUCACAACCAAACAAAAUGGUGGUUUGCUAAGCGUUUUUUGCAUCCUGAUGUCAUGGCUAUCUAUGAUUUCAUCUUUCUAUGGGAUGAAGACCUUGGAGUGGAGAGCUUCAACCCAAGAAGAUAUCUUGAUAUAAUGGUUUCAGAAGGCUUGGAAAUAACACAACCUGCUCUGGACCCUGAUCUAUCAACCGAUAUCCACCAUCGGAUCACAAUCCGCAAUAAGAUGACAAAAGUUCACAGGAGAAUAUAUGACAAUCGGCCUAGUAUGAAUUGUUCUGAUGAGAGCAAAGGACCUCCUUGUACAGGGUGGGUAGAGGGCAUGGCACCAGUUUUUUCUCGUGCUGCUUGGAAAUGUGUAUGGCAUCUGAUUCAGAACGAUCUGAUUCAUGGAUGGGGCCUUGACAUGAAGCUUGGCUAUUGUGCUCAGGGUGAUCGAACUGAGAAAGUUGGUGUAAUUGACAGUGAGUAUGUUGUUCAUCAAGGGAUACCAUCUUUAGGAGGGCCAUCGCUUAGCAGCAAGACACCUCGAAGAUCAUUGGAUUUGAGGACCCAUAUACGAAGGCAAUCAUCGGCUGAGCUAGAGAAGUUCAAAGAGCGGUGGAACAGGGCUGUAAGGGAAGAUGAAGGAUGGAAGGAUCCUUUCGAUUCUUGAUUACUUUGAGAGCAGAGUGUGACACAUCUAAUAACAAAGCUGGCCAGUGGCCAGUCACAGCAGUAGAGAAGCGGAGGCCAUCCCAUCUGGAGAGCUACAUUUGGGCCCUGCUUCAUGUCAAAAACAGUUGGUUUGUUAUAGGAUGAUGAGACAGAUGGCUGGUUAUAGGAUGAUGAGUUACACUUACACACACCAUAAUUUUAUCCUCAUGAGACAAAAGAAGUAGCGGAAACAUUAUCGUCAAUACAAGGAGGAGCUGAUGGGGAAGGUGAAACUAACCAGGGACUUCAAACAGUGCUGCAAUUUCCCCUUGAAAUAUCUGUUCGGCUAGAGUUGUAUAGUGACAUGAUAUACACACUUGUGCAGUUAUUUAAUGAGGAAUCUUACAUACAUAGCCUAGAGCAGUUUUACCUGCUUGCCUAGCUGAAUUCCAUGAGUCAGAAACAAAUAGUAUGAGGUCUGUAUUUUUUUUUUAGCAAAUUAAGAGGAUGGCACGGCGUAUUUUUGUGUUACCGCACCGAGGUUGCCGCUCUCUUUAUUUAUCAAUAUAUAAAGGUUCUGUACAUGUACUUGAACAGUGUUUUGAGUGUCAUUCAACUUACCGAGUGUA